UAUAGCUGUUCUCAGAAUGAACAAAAUGUUGAAGUCGGCUUGGAAAAGCCCUGAAAUUAUUUGCAAUUAAUUGAUUUCCGAUCUGCGGUGCCAUUGAGAUUACCCUCCUGGUUUCCGUCAUGACACCACUUGGUCUUAAAAAUAAAUAUCAACUUUAAAUCGUCGAUGGAGAACCAGGUACCACCAAAUUUGUUAUUUCAAAUUUUCAGCUACCUGCCUGAAAGAGACCUCCUGCAUGUCCGAGGAGUGUGCAGGAGGUGGCGUAAAUUGGGAUCAAGCCCUAUAGUGUGGAGGGAGAGGGCAAUCGUCGAUGUCAUGCUAGAGAGAGAUCUCUUUGAGGCCGUACUUAGAGUGGCGCCAGUUGUGGCCACUAUUAGUUUGAAUUUGCCAGAAGGUAUGAUACCGGGCCUACUCACUACCUUCUGUGCUGCCAAGAGGCUGUCAUUUUCAGUGUGGAAUAACGUCGCCAUCGACUGUUGCCAAAUUCUGAGACGUCAGCUGGAACUGGGCAGCCUAGAAAGUAUCCACAUGCACAUGCAUGGGGAACCGAUGAGCUUUGCCCCCUUUAUGGAAAUGCUGCAGGGCACCAGGAUCAGGGAAAUAUCCUUGCAGAACUACAGGCCACCUAUUGGAGGUCAACUUCCGCCCAGCGCCCCUGUCAGCUCUUUAAAGGAGCUUCGCGCAGAUACUCGUAAACCAGAUAGGCAUGUCCAGUUCCUUUUAUUUUCUCACAGGAAAACCCUCCAGAUGGUUUCCCUGCCUCUCUGCAUACCCACUCCCAUGGCAAUCCUAUCUCUUGCAAGUGAGCUGCAACAGCUGGAAUGUCCCCCACAAGUGGAUAUGGAGCUUCUUUUGAAGUGCCCCAAGUUGAGGUCUGUAACCAUAAAGAUGGAGCGAAGGGGGACAGUCAUCGAAGAGAGGCAUGUUGAGCGCGCACGGAGUGCCAUCUCAGCGACUGCCCAGUUCCUAGCCAAGGCAACGCAGCUCCAUGAGUAUUCACUUUAUCCAGAGGAGACCUUUGAUUCUCGGGAGAGCUCUGAUUCUGAGGAGACCUCCGAUUCUGAGGAGACUUCUGGUUCUAAGGAGAAAGUGGUCAGGACUCUAACAAUGGCUCCAGUUGCAUGCAAUGACUCGGCAUUGGAGAAAGUGAAGCUCAACAUGUUGGCACAGGACGCAGAGGUGCCCCAGAGAGCUCUGUCGGAGGCCUUGCCUAAGCUGCCACACUUGCGGAGCAUCUCACUCACUUGCCCUCCAACCUUGGCCAUGAUGAGUUCAAUCAGCCCACAGAGCUCGCCCAGUCUGCGAGAAAUGUUUGUUUUGCUUCAGGAAUGUGUGCACUCAUUCAUGCAUCAGGAGGCGGUUCAGAGCCUGUUGCGUUGUAACAGGCAUUUGCACAUUUUAGUAAAAUGUAAUAGUCAUUGCCAUGAAGAUCCCCCUUGCCGUUUUUGCAGAUCAGACUGCCACAACCAACUGAAGUCUAGACACAAUGACUUAGUAGGGAUAUUUGCCCAUCCCCCGAAUGUGUGCGAUCUAGAGGAACACCAAGGAAGUUACUUUUGGGUGAAGAUGUAAAUUAUAGCUUGAAGAUGUAAAUAUGUUGUUUCUAUUUGUUUUAAUUUUGGUAAAUGAUAUGAGGUUCUCUAGUUUGCACUAUAGUCUCUUAAGGUUUGUUGAAGCCUCUUGUGUUUAUUUGGAAUUGAGUAUUAUGAGAAUCGGUAUUACGUUUCAGUGUUGUUAAACAGUGAGACAUAAUAUUUUGAUUACCGAUACAUUUUGACUUUAAAUCAUUUUGUGAACAGACUUAGUGUAUUGAGGUUUGCAUGAAGUGAAGAUGGAGCUUUGUACUAACACUUCACCCUUCUACAAAGAUCUUUUCCUUUUGUAUUAAUUCUUUUUUGUUCAGGACGUAGCCUCUUACGCUUUGUGUAAGCCUCUUUUGGAUAUUUGAAAUUGAGUAUUAUGAUUAUUGUGUUUUUGUAUUGUUUAAUUUUAUUAUUGUUUUGGAAAUGGUAGCCU